CUUCAGGAUAAAACGCUCACGAAAUAAAACGCGUUUGAAGUCUGAAAGGCAACAACUGAAUAAGUGACGGGCAACAAUUGGCCGUAAGACUUCUUCAUCCAAGAUCGGUUGUGCAUCCAUGGCUGUCUGACAAGAGAGACUAUCUUGGUUAAUCAAUUGGGUAUUUGAAAAAUUACCAUCCAGAAUCGGUUUUACUUUCCUUCAGCUUCCAUGUCGCUCUUAAACCAACUAUUCAACAGAGGGGUUUUCGGUGCAAAGUGCAAAACAUGCUUGUCCUUGGCAAUCUCACGCAUUAAAUUGCGACAAAAUCAUAGAGAUUUGCAGCUCAAGCGUAUGCGGAAGGAAAUUGCGGAAUUUUUGCUGGCUGGUCAAGAAGCCAUAGCUCGAAUUCGGGUGGAGCAUGUAAUUCGAGAGCAAAACUUACAACUUGCAUAUGAUGCGCUGAGGCUAUUCUGUGAGUUUGUUCUUGCUCGUGUUCCAGUUCUUGAAACCCAGAGGGAGUGUCCAGGUGAAGUGCAAGCAGCUGUUGCAAGCUUAAUUUUUGCUGCCCCAAGAUGUUCAGAUGUGCCGGAUUUGCUGCAGGUCAAGAAUUUGUUUGGCACAAAAUAUGGGAAGGAAUUUCUUAUUGCCGGCUCUGAGCUCCGCCCUGAUUCUGGCGUCAACCGUAUACUCAUUGAAAACCUCCCGGUUAAGAUUCCAUCAGCGGAGGAGAAGCUCGGGGUGUUGAAGGAUAUUGCACAAGAGUACAAUGUGCGUUGGGAUUCUUCUAACACUCAGGCAGAAUUCAGUAAAAAGCAUGAAGAUCUACUGGGUGGAUCAAAGCAAAUGUGUGACGGGACUGAAGUUUUGCAAGCUCCCACUAAGCCCAUUUCUCCCAAAAUUUCUACUUCUAACGGGGUGCAUCCAAUUGUGCCUGCAAGUAGUAAAGCUUCUGAGUCUCGUCAACCUCCUAGCCCCAUGGGAACCAAGCCAAGGUUGGGUAACAAUGAAGCUAAACUAUCACCUGGCAAUCCUAAUGCACCUGCAGCUACCGAUGUUAAAAAUAAGUCUACAUCACAACAAUCAUCGGAUGUGUUGGAAAAAGCUCGAGCUGCCAUGGCCUCUGCCCAACGUGCAGCUGCAGCAGCCCGUGCAGCUGCUGAGCUGGUGAACGUGCAGUUUGGAUCUUUGAAGGUUAAAGGGCAAUCAUCAUAGUGCUUCAUAAUUUACCUCUAAUAGAAAGAAACGAGCAUGAAUCUCGGUACAAUGUUAACCAACAAAAUAAUGCAUUAUCAUAUGUUCUUCCUUCUGAGGUGUAAUUACUGUCUCUUUCAUUGUUUUAUCAUUUGAUGUUCCUGCAAAUAAAACUUUCAAAUGUUGGAUAUGA